UGCAUUCAAUUCCAUUGCACAUGCCCUUGGAACGUCACAGUCAGUUUAGGGCUACAGCACACUGUUAAGUUAGUUUUCUAACACGGGCGCCAUUGACAGUUCUUGUGUGGUGACCUCACAUGGAAAACCACUCGGGACGUUUGGAACUCAACACAGUUCGGAAAUUAAAGACUUUAGACCAUGGGUGAUCCUACAGAAGCUGGGAUACCCGUAAUUGACUUCAGCGCUUACAGACUGUCAUUGACCAAACCAGACACCACUCAGUUUCAGAAACUCGUAGAUGAUGUUCACAAAGCUCUUACAACCAUUGGCUUCUUCUUCAUGGUCAACACGGACUUCCCACAUGAAAAGGUUGACGAGUUGUACCAAGUUUCUAGGAAGUUUUUCGAUCUUCCCUCCGAGGCAAAACAAAACCCGCCAAUAGCUGCUAACGGGAGCCAUGGUUACGCACAUCUCGAAAGGGAACGCAUCAACCGAGAUCUACCGUACGGCGACUUGAAAGAAUCCUUCAACUAUAGUUCAGCCACUGAAGAUAAUGAGUGGCCAAUGGAAUCAGCGUGUCCUGGAUUCAAGACUACCAACGAGAAUUUCUUUGAGCUGUGUGUUCCUCUGCACGACCGAGUCUUGGAAGUCAUGGCCCACGGCCUCAACCUUGAGGACCCUUUGUUUUUCGUGAAGCGCCAUGCCAAGCCCAAUAGAAGUUGCCUCAGGCCACUCUUCUACCCUUCCCUAGAUGACGUCACAGUCAAGGACCAACAAGUAAGAUGCAGUGAGCACUCUGACCUCGGUGGUAUCACAAUGCUGUUCCAACAGGUACCUGGCUUGGAGGUCUGUAAACGUGGAGGUGGCUACGACAAAGUGCCGUUGGUUGAAGGCGGUAUUUUAGUUAAUAUCGGCGACUUGAUGCAGAGAUGGACAUCGGACACAUACCUUGCCACGAGACACCGUGUUCUCUUGGACGGAACACCAGAGGAACGUAGUCAGAGUCGCCAGUCGAUUGCUUUCUUUGGUAACCCCAGCGAGGAAGCCGUGAUUGAAUGCACCGAUAACAGCAACAAAUACCCACCAGUAACAUGCAGAGAGUACUUGGACCAGACAUUCAACACUGCUUACAAAUAAAAACAACUCUUACAAAUACACUCUGAAGUGCUCCGGGUUAAAGUUUUACCCAGAUCCAGUUGUGCCUACAUCAGCCGAUUUCACGAAAUGCUACAUUAAUCUUAUCUCAGUUAGGACGGGGUAACUCCUAACUCGUCCUUACUUAGGAUGGGUUGUCUAUGGUUACGGAACUUCACUCGUCCUAAGAUUAAUCCUAAGUUGGGACGGGUUACUAAGUUGGGACGAGUAACUCAUCCCAACUUAGGACUGGUUCAAUGCGUUCUAAGGUCUAUGGUGACGGAACUUUACUCGUCCUAGGAUAAAUUUUAAGUUAGGAUGAGUAACUCAUCCUAACUUAGGAUGGGUUCAAUGCGUCCUGACGUCUAUGGUUACGGAACUUAACUCGUCCUACAGAUUGAUGUUAAGUUAGGAAAAACUUUGUGAAAUCAACGCAAAACUUCCUAAAAGACCACAGUGCCAGAUGACCAUGGAAUGCAAUGCUAGUAAAUGGAAUGACGACACGAUGAAAGUUGGCCACACAUUGGCGUUGGUAUUUCGCACUAUUAUAACUCGCACUCGCUUUUGCAUGUCUGAAAUGUCUUUAUUUCAAUAUAUUUUCUCAAAAGUAUGGGAUAAUAAGUGUGUGCAUGCGCUACCUAUUAAACUAAACAAACUAAACAUAUUAUUUAACAUGCCUACAAUAUGAUGAUUUUCUAGUUAACAUAAAGUGUUUUAAAAAACCAUCAACUUUAAACGCAAUUUUAUUCGAUUAGUUUAUAGCUUUAUGGUAGGUGUGUGUCAUUUCGGGCAACAUGUUCAAAGGUCCACACUUUUAAACAAACACUAUGUGGACCUACAGACGUCCACACAGUGUUUAAACCAGUGUUGGAGCAAUGAGUUUACUAUAGUGCACAGAACAACAGAAUGUCCACAAUCGAACAAUCAUGGACCACACAAGGGAAUUCUUUGUACAACCUGGACCCCACAAGGGAAUUUAUAAAAGAACAAUAGCAGGAUCUACAAUUUAACAAUUUGGUGAGAGAAAAUAUUGUGCUUUUUAUUUUACAAUUUGGUUAGAGAAAUAUUGUAUUUUGUAAUUAAAUGAUUGUAUUUUGUAAUUAAAUA